AUGGGAAAGCUCAGAACGGCCCCCAGUCUACGAACGCUAAUUCGCAGAAUCACCACUGCAGGAAGCCCCAGAUCGCGCCACCACCGACACAGACCUCACGAGACAACCACAUACGUACACGCCGCCGGCACCGACGGCACUACCGAAAUAGCCAUGGCCGACCAGGAGGAGGACUUUAGCUCCCUCCCGCUCACCGACCGCUGGGUUCACAAGGUAUGGAAAGUCCGCAAAGGAGCCUACGAAGAGGCUGCCCAGCAAUUCGAAAAGACAGUCGACGAGUACGACGCCGCAUUCAGGCCGUUCCUACAAGAUACAUCAUUAUGGAAGACCGCCGCCGCCGACUCGAACGUUGCGGCCCAACAGGAGGGGCUCGCAGCGCUGUGCGCGUUUCUCAAGUUCGGCGGAAAGGAGCACUGCACGCGCACCCGCGGCCAGACCGUCACGGCCAUAGUAGAAAAGGGCCUGUCGUCAACGAGAGCGGCUAUCAAGACGUCAUCUAUCGAGGCUCUACUCCUCUACAUCGAGCUCGAUGUUGCCGGGCCCGUCAUCGAAGACAUGCUCCCUGCCCUGUCCGCCAAGCAACCCAAGGUUAUCGCUGCCACCCUCGCUGCGCUAACCACUAUCUACCACAACUAUGGCUGCAAGACCGCUGACCCCAAACCCGUCCUCAAAGUCCUGCCGAAAGUUUUCGGCCACGCCGACAAGAAUGUCCGAGCCGAGGCCACCAACCUGGCAGUUGAGUUCUACAGGUGGCUGAGAGAGGCAGUGAAGCCCAUGUUCUGGGGUGACUUGAAGCCGACACAGCAGUCCGAUCUCGAGGCGCAGUUCGAGAAGAUCAAGGCCGAGCCCUCGCCAAAGCAGGAGCGACUUCUACGCUCACAGCAAGCAGCCAAGGAGCGAGCGCCGGCUGGCGGUGCCCAGGAGGGAGAGGAUGAUAUGGAAGACGAGGGCGAGGAGCCCGCAGAGAUCGACGCCUACGACCUAGCCGAGCCACAAGAUGUGCUGAAGAAGGUUCCGGCAGAUUUCCACGAUAAACUUGCUUCGUCAAAAUGGAAGGACCGCAAGGAGGCCGUGGAAGCGCUCUAUGCAGUACUCAACGUACCGCGCAUCAAAGACGGCGACUUUGGGGAGAUUGUGCGAGGGCUAGCAAAGUGCAUGAAGGAUGCCAACGUCCUGGUCGUCACGCAGGCGGCUCAGUGCAUCGAGCUGCUGGCCAAGGGCAUGCGUAAAGGGUUUGCCAAGUACAGAUCAGUUGUCCAGCAGCCCAUCAUGGACAGGCUGAAGGAGAAGAAGGCCGUCGUCGCAGAUGCUCUGGGUGCUGCGCUAGACCAGGUCUUCCAGACGACCAGCCUGUCUGAGUGCCUCGAGGACAUCACUGCCUACCUCGUCAACAAGAACCCGCAGGUCAAGGAGGGGACCAUGAAGUUCCUAGUGCGAUGCUUGAGGACGACGCGGAUAGUGCCCAGCAAACAGGAAAUCACGACCAUUGUCGAGUCGGCAAAGAAGCUUCUGGCCGAGUCCAGCGAGGGCCUGCGAUCGGGUGGUGCCGAGAUUCUGGGUACCAUCAUGAAAAUCAUCGGAGAGCGCGCCAUGAACCCGCACUUGGAAGGGCUCGACGAUAUCCGAAAGGCCAAGGUGAAGGAAUUCUACGAGACCGCAGAAGUCAAGGCCAAAGACAAGCCCAAGCCUCCACCCCAGCCCGCCUCACGAGGCCCACCGCCGAAGAAGAUCAUGGGAGGCGGAAAGAAGGCACCAGUUGGUAUGAAGAAGCCCGCCGCCGCUGCUCCGCCGCCAGCGUUGGACGAACCGCUCGCACCCCAACCUACUUCGAGGGCCGCCGGCCCUGGCAGCAAGCUUGGGAUGCCUAAACCUUCGGGUCUCGGCGGUCUCAAGGCACCUCAGAAACGUACUCUCGCAGCUCCCGGAAUGGCAUCGCCCCGACGUGUCGCUGCUCCACCGCCAAUGGAGGACGAAGAGCCGGCUGCUCCCAUCCCGCAACCACGCCUGGGAAUGGGUCGUGGAGGACUCGCGGGGAGGUCGCUAGCCAAGCCUGCCGCUGCUGCCCCGAUACCCGCCACUCCCGCAUCCCCAACACAGCCUUCCGGCCUCACUCACCUGGAACGGGCUGAGUUGGAAGAGCUGCGCGCAGCCAAUGACCGUCUCUUGCGACAGGCUGAGGACUCCCGCCACGAGCGAUCCAAGCUGAUGUCGGAAAUCCAGGAACUCAAGAAUCAGAACGCAGGCCUUAUCGAGGACCACACGCGUGACGUUCUGUCCAUCAAGGCAAAGGAGACCCAGCUCGUCCGUGCAAGAAGUGACCACGAGGCUGCCGAGCAGACGAAUGAGAGGCUCCGACGGGAGCUCGACCGCCUUAAGCGGGCACUGAGCAAGGCGGAGCAGGCUGAGAGCUAUGGGUCUCCCGGCUCAGGCUUCACCUCGCCAGUGCAUGACGAGGUCGGCAUCUUCCGAGACGGUGCACACCCCGCAAGCGCCAAUCGGAACCGUGUCAGCUACCAGAGUACCAUGUCGGAGGAGAAGGAAAACGGCGAGUCGUCAUAUCCGCGGAACAAAUUUAGCCCGGAGCUGCGAUACGGCGCGCCUCCGGCUUACAGUUCGGCAUCGAGCGGCCGUGGCAGCCCCGCCCGUGGCCUUAGGAGAGACCACGCUGCGGCAGCACCGGCGGCUGAGGACGGCAGACACACCCCUACGAGCGGAUACUCCAGCGCUUCAGCAGGAGGCAAUGGUGCCGGGGCGGGCGCAGGGGGCACGGAUCCGAGCUGGAAGCGGGCGGCCGAGGUGACGAGUCAGCUCAAGGCAAGGAUCGAGCAGAUGAAGGUGAGAAGACUCCUCCACAACGAGGCACAAGGACAUGGUACAUGGUACUAA